GCGAGGAUUCGUGUGUUUUGCCGAGAAGGAGGGUUGGAGACAUUGCAUUAGCACGUUUCUAACACCACUCGACGGAGGCCUUAUCCUUGGUCGUCAAAACCCCGCACCAUACCAGGGUUAAAAGGGCCCUGCGGCUCGCAAUUGAGUUAUUUGAGUUAUUUUGUCAAAGUUCUCGACCGCUGACGAAUUGAAUCUCUCGACUGUGUUGGCGACCAGUCGUGCGACAUCAUGGACACGCACAUACUGUGGCUCGGGUGUGCUGCCGCCGUUGGCUAUGUUUUGCUUCAAAGCAUCUAUCGUCUCUACUUUCAUCCCCUUCGCAAAUUCCCAGGGCCGAGACUCGCGGCCGUUACAAGUUUCUAUGAGUUCUAUUACAAUGUGGUCCGGAGCGGGAAGUUCUUGUUCGAAAUCGAGCGAAUGCAUGAGCAAUAUGGCCCCAUCGUGCGAAUCAAUCCCCGGGAAAUUCACAUCAAAGAUCCGGACUAUUACGACCAAAUCUACAUCUCGAGAAUACAGGACAAGGAUCCCUAUCAUGUCCGAUCCCUCUCCGUUCCACUGUCAAGUGCCGCGACGGUUCACCAUGAGCUGCACAGACGCCGCCGGGAGCUUAUCAACCCUUUCUUCUCGAAGCGUUCCGUCCUGGGUCUGGAGCACCUCGUGCAGGACAAAGUAGACCAAGUGGGCCAGCACCUUACAAAAGCCCAAGCGAACCGCACCGUGGUGUCCCUGGACGCGCUGUUUGCAGGGCUCACGGCCGAUGUCAUCUCCAAGUAUACCUUCGGGGAGAGCAUCGGUAUCCUCGACACAAAGGACUUACGGAAUGACUUCCGGGACGCCUUGACCGCCGCGACUAGCUUCGCCCACCUCGCGCGCUUUUCGUCCCUCGUUGGAUUUUUGUCUACGACCGUUCCGCGAUUUGUAGAGUGGAUCAAUCCGAGAACCAAGGGGUUCUUCGAUAUCAAACGCUCGGUGGAGGGGACGAUCCUCGAUACUUGGAAGGGCGAGACGAGCAAGGGCACGGGAAAGGUGAAGACCAUCUUCGAUACGCUCUGCGACCCGUCAUUGCCGGCCGAAGAACGGACUGUCGACAGGAUACGAGACGAAGCACUAGUUAUUCUCGCCGCAGGGACAGAGACCACGGCACGAGUAUUGACUAUUGGUUUCUUCCACAUCUACCGCGAUCCAUUGAUCCUGCAGAAACUCCGGGAUGAAAUCAAGCAAGUCAUGCCCCAGCCGACAGACAGGGUUUCCUUGGCUCAACUAGAGAAACUACCUUACCUGACGGCAGUAAUCAACGAGUCAUUUCGCGUCUCACACAGUGUAACAGUCCGACUGCCGAGAGUGUUACCAACCGCCCUCCAAUACAAGGACUACACCAUUCCCCCAAGGACCUCUGUCAGCCAAGCCAUCUACUUCGUCCACAUGGACCCAACAGUCUUCCCCAGCCCCGAAACAUUCCGACCCGAGCGCUGGAUCGAAGCCACCGACAAAGGGGAGCGCCUCAACAGAUAUCUCGUCCCUUUCACAAAGGGACCUCGGAUCUGUGUCGGCCUGAACUUGGCCUAUGCCGAAUUAUACCAAGUGUUUGCGACCUUGAUCCGUCGCUUUGAUUUGGAGAUUUAUAAUACCACGCCGGAAAGUAUUCACGUCACGCGGGAUAUGAUGAUUGGGCUGUCGGAUGCGGAUGAGAUGAAGGUGCAUAGUUUGGUGACUGGUACUGUGGGUUAGUUGAUACUGGGUUUGUUGUUUGCUGUGCUGUGGCUUUUCUCGACUUCGAAUGUGUAUGUGUGUCUUUUCAACAGAAUUGUAUCCUGCCACUUGCUAUUUGGAC